CGCCAACACACCCAACAUCUGCCAUGUUCUCCCUGCUCGUGAACAAAACACGUCCUGCUCAGACAUGUUUCUUCUCGCUCAGGAUUUGGUCAAGGAACUCGCCGAGCGCUUCCCCUCUCUCAAUCACUCACGCAUGCCCAAUAUUUCUGUCCCACUACUACGACGAUGCCGAAUCUCGCAAAGAGAAACGUAGAGAAGCCCAGAGGAGAUACAAGGCAUCACCUGCCGGGAAGGCCGUCUAUGCAUUCUGGCGAACCCACAUGAGAGAGCAAUACAACAACAACCCUACCUUUCGCACGGCAAGAAGGCUUGACACCUUUGUCCGUUAUAUCUGGAAGACUGGCAAGCUUGGCAAGUUUUACUCUUGGGAGAGCCAUGUGCCAUUAGUCCUCCCAGCCCGCGAGCAUCAUCAUUGCACGGCCUGUGAACGAACCCGUCGUCUGAGCGUAUGCUCGAUACAUGUGUACUGCAUGUUUUAGUAGCGAUCCAGUGCGUGCGACGCCAGAAAAACAUCCAUCUAAA